AUGCCGUCACCAACCAAGCGUUAUAAGCAGAAUCGUCCUAGCCUCGAAGGAGUAUUUGAAGGCCUCAAAAUUGCACCAACGUCUUCAGAUCCUGGAGCCACUCAAAGUAUCAACCUAGGAAGAUCACUUCACAAAAUGAUGAAGUCCUCUCUCCGCCUUGGUCAUGGAACGGUGUCUCGCUCCGUCCGUGGCGUCGAGACGAAAUUUACAAUCACCCAGGAUGACAUUUACGACUACAAGAUUGCACACAAAGAUUUCGAUCCCGAUCUUGUGUUCCCUGAGAUGGUCAAACUCGGACAUCAACUUCAAGACCUCCUCCACGCUCGCCUCAAUCCUGAACAAGAAGCCGCCUUUGAGAACCACAUCUUGCAAUGCCUCACCCGCAUGGUAUAUGGUUCAAAUAUGAUCGAAAAUGCCGGUGCUGGGCUUGAAGUUACCUGGAACCUGUGCAUGAGAAUUUUUCAAGGUGACCAGGUUCCUGAAGAUAUCGGAGAGCGGGAUGAGGACUACCAGCGCAUCAAGGAAGAGCGCCUGCGCGCUAUGCUUCCCACAAAUUCCACAGCGAUCCUGCGCAGUCGCCGUGAGAUUGUCCAACACGCCAAAGCAGCUACGCACAUGAUUACACAACUCUGCCUCCAGGGCCGGGAACUUUCAGAGGAGCUCAUUAUGGAAACGCAUCGCAUCCUGACUUACAAAGUCGACGCUGAAAGCGCAGCAUGGACACAGUAUAGUGGUGUCUACCGUUCCGUGGAUGUCUGCGCAGGCUUCAAUACAUUUGCAAGUCCCGGCAGCAUUCCAUCCAAGAUGAAGGACAUGGUCCGCCAACUACACAACGACAUCGGCCAGGCUAUGAAUUCUGGUUUUCUUGACCCUAUCGCACUUGCCGCCAAGUAUACCCAUAUGUUCGUCAACAUUCAUCCUUUUCUGGACGGAAACGGUCGUAUGUGUCGCCUGAUAUUGAACUCUAUGCUUCUAAAAUUCGGUAGUUUCAUUGUCUGUCUUGGGGAAUAUGGGCCAGACCGGAGUGCUUACCUUGAGGUCGCAUCUGCUGCGUCUCAACUCGAGGCUACUUACGAUGGACGUGAGGAGGAGGAGAAGCCUGUAAUGCACAAGGAACUGGCCAGUCUAAUCUUGUCUCAUGCUAAGACUGGCCUGAAGAAGCUGAUUAAAGCGAUUGAGAACUAA